AUGUCCAGCCAAACCAAGACUAUCGCCGUAAUCGGUGCGACGGGGAAUCAAGGCUUCUCCACCGCAGAGUCCUUCCUCAGUAUACCAAACUGGGCCGUCCGCGCCCUGACUCGUAACCCGGACUCAGCCACUGCCCAAAAGCUUGCCUCAAUGGGUUGCGAAGUUGUCCAAGCUGAUCUAAACGACAUGUCCUCCUUGGACACAGCAUUCAAAGGUGUUCAUGCUAUCUUUGUGAAUACCGACUUCUGGGCCACAUACACAAGCGAUCCAGCACGUGACAGUUUCGCAGCAUAUGCCCAGGAAGUAAGGCAGGGGAAGAACGCUGCAAUUGCUGCUUCAAAAGUCCCAAGUUUGGAAAGAUUCGUAUACAGCGCGUUACCAUCUUUCAGCAAAGCCUCGGGUGGAAAAUAUAGCAAGGCGCUGCAUUGUGAAUCCAAGGCAGCUAUUGUCGAGUAUAUUGAAACAAGCCGAGACCUUAUCGAGUUGGCGAAGAAAUCGUCGUUUAUCUACCUAGGAGCUUAUUCGACACAUCCAAUCUUCACACCCAGAUCCCUGUCUGAAGAUGGUGUCUACCAGUUCAUCAUACAUGUUCGACCGGUGGCGAAGAUACCAAUAAUCGAUGCGCCAAGCUCGACCGGGCGAUUUGUCAAAGAGCUCGUCUUAAACGAGGAGCCUGGCACAAAACUUUUAGCCUACGACACAGACAGCUAUCUUUCCGUGCUUGAGGCUGUCGAGGUCUGGUCUAGACGCACAGGAGAAAAAGCGGAGAUAAUCACCAUAUCUGCUGAAGAAAUGAGGGAGAGGUUUGGGAUUCCCAUGGAAGUGUUGGAUGCACCUCUAGCAAUCGAUGAGUUCGGGUAUAUGAGUGGGGUUGAGGGGUACAUUGAGCCGAAAGAUUUGACCAGUACGGUGGUAACGAGGAGCUUCGAGGAGUGGCUGAACACCAGAGACUGGAGGGAGCUUGCGCUGGCAGGGGAGAAGGAGUUGGAGGGGGUCAAGAUUUGA